AUGAGGCACUACAAUCCGCUUCGUCGCGCGCAGGAGCGAGAGGAAGACGCGAGCGAGAGCGAGAGCGAUGAGGAGGCGGCGGCUGUGGAGUUCGCAAAGUGCGAACGGGAUUGGAUUAGGGCGACGCAGGACAGGCGGCGAGGGAUGAUGCGAGAGGCGGAGGAGCAGAUGAAACGCGUCCGAGAGGUGCGAGCAAGUCGCGAGGCGCGCGCGGCGCUCGAGGCAGAAAUGGAAGAGAUCAAGCGGCGUUUGACGGAAAUGGACACGAUGGAGAAUGCAUAUACAUCUAUUCAGAUCGAUGCGGAGGAGGCUGCCGAGCGCGCAGCGGCUGCGAUGGUGGAGGCGUUGAAUGCGCAAAUUGGCGGCGUGGACGCGCACCUGUUGCUGCUCACGUGGUCCGACCAUGAAUCUUCAUGGUCUAACCUCGAGAAGCGGGUGCGAGCGGAGGGUAACGCCAGUGACGGCGAUAAUGUUGAUUCUGUGCGUUUCAUCACACUGGGCGACGUGCCGUGGCCACCAGAGGAGGGAUCAAUACUCGUACAGAUGGUUGCGUGCGAGCGAUUGAGCGCUCCUUCGGAGUUUGAGGAUUCAAACCAAGCCACGUCCGCCUUGUUUCGGCGAGCGUUCAAGAAAGCUUCACUGCGCUGGCAUCCAGACAAAUUCUCAGCAAAAUUUGGACGGUAUCUCGAUCCAGAACAUGCGGAUGAGAUUUACGAUCGUGUCCAGAAGGUUUCGCAAUCGAUCAACGACGAGUGGACGACAUCGCAUUGA